AUGUCAGCCAUCGAUCACUCUGUUGAUGCCUCCGGCAUAUCGCGACAUGUCCCACCUUGGAAACAAACAGCGCUCCGAGCCAAAGAAGCCCUAUCAAACAGCAUUCCAGCCAAAUGGAAACUGCCCACGACUUUCGAGACACCAGACGCUGAUUUCCAGCGUGCCGCUUUGGAUUGUGGUAUCCUGACCUCUAGACAAGUGGCCUUGACUCAAUUGACAGCGUCUGAAUUGUUGUCUAUGCUCCAUAUAGGGGCAUUGAGUGCAGCCGAGUUAACGGAGGCAUUCUGUGCUCGUGCGGCCAUUGCUCAACAACUGGUCAACUGCUUGACCGAUUUCUUUCCAGACGAGGCGAUCGAAUCGGCCAAGGCAUUGGAUGCGGAGCAUUCCGAGACCCAAAAGCUUCGGGGACCUCUGCAUGGUCUUCCGGUCGCGGUCAAAGACACUUACGCAGUGAAGGGCAAGAGAACCACCAAUGGUUGUGCUGCGUGGUAUGACAGCGAGCCGGCAGAGGAGGAUGCCGCUCUUGUCCAGGUCAUCAAGGAUGCAGGGGCAAUCAUAUUUGCCAGGACUACAAUGCCCCAGACCGGUAUGGCUCUGGAGACAGUGAGUCCUCUAUGGGGACGUACACUCAAUCCGUACAACUCGAAAUUCGGGUCUGGCGGAUCCUCUGGCGGCGACGGCGCUCUAGUCGCCAUGCAUGGGGCUCCCUGUGCGCCGGUGGCUUCUGACAUUGGCGGUAGCAUUCGUGCUCCCGCAGCUUUCAACGGUCUUUAUGGUAUGCGCCCAACAUCUUAUAGGGUCCCUCGGACGGGACUGGUGUCGCAAAGACUGGGGCAAAUUUCAAUCAACGCGUCGUGUGGUCCCAUCUGCCACAGCCUGAGCGACCUGAAGCUUCUUGUCAAGUUGAUCGUGACACAUCCGACUCUGCCUUACGAGCCGACAUGUAUUGCAGGGUUCUGGAAGGAGACGUCUCCCAAAACAAAGCUCACCGUUGGCAUUCUUGCCACGGACGGCAUUGUAGAACCACAUCCACCGGUUACUCGCGCUCUCAGAGAUGUCGCAGCCAGUCUACAAGCAGCGGGACAUCAGAUCAUAGAGUUCAAAGCGCCGAUCGAUCUUUGGAAGGCCGCGCUCACCACCUGGACGCUCUAUUUCCAAAAUGGAGCCAACGAGACCAAGGCGGCUCUAGCGGCGUCAGGCGAGCCUUUGAUCGCCCAAUUCCGACACUACCUGGAUGUGUUCAACGUCCGUGAGCACACGGUGUCGGAGAUAAGUGAGUGUCACAGGCAGCAAGCCGCCUACAAGAAGGCCUUUGUCGAUGCUUGGAAUGCCACGGCCAAGGGAACCGAGACAGGCUUGCCGAUGGACUGCAUCAUUACUCCUUCGGCACCACUGGCUGGAUCCCCCCAUGACUUUCCGCUCUGGUGGGGUUACACAACGAUCUGGAAUCUCAUAGACUAUCCAUCGAUCAUCAUGCCGCUGAAAUCUUUCAGACUGGAUCCAAUAAAAGACGCGAAAGACACGGGCUACCACCCUCGUGACAAUCCAUUCGACAAGCCCAACUGGGAGAUCUAUGAUCCUGAAUUGUGGAAAACCCAGCCCAUGACCUUUCAGAUUGUUGGGAGGAACGGUAGGGACGAAGAACUCAUCAACAGCGCAGAAGUUAUCGACAAUGUUGUGAACACGGGCCAUUCGUCUUGCGACCAUACACUCUAG